UUCAUUUCUCUUCGUAGGAAAACGUGCACUGGUCAAUGAUUGGUUUAUCAUUAUCACGUGGGCUAGCCUGUCCAAUCGGAGAGCAGUGCACAUUGCGUUCGAAGAAAAAAACAAUCCACUCUGCGUGAAAGAAUCGCUUCGGCAGAACUUCGUGGGGGACGAGACGCUUAAUAAAAAAAUGGCUGCUGCUACAACCGAGAGUGCCGACCAAGAUAGCCCAUCACGAAGCGCUCAAAGCGAGGCAUUGUUAUCAGGAGAGGCCGGUGAGAAAACGCCGGACCCGCAAACGCCGGAUCGGGACCCGGUUGACAGCGAGGCGAUGAAAAUGGAAGUGAAGGGCGAAGAAGACGGAGAGGAAGGGGACUCAAAGCCUCCCGUUGUAGCCCCGGUCGCCGAAGCGGCAGCAGCAACAGGGGACGAUGAUGAGGAAGAUGAGAUGUGCUGCGGGAUCGAGGAGAGCCCGGAGCAGCGGAGCCCUGCGAGCUGCAGCGACGCCGGAGACGGGACGGACAAAGAGCCGAAGCGCGAAGAAAUGGAGACCUCGUCCGGCGAGUGCAUAAAGCCGGACAAAGGCAAUCAUGCCACGGAGAAGAACUGCGGUGGGAGAAGCGACGCGGUCAUGGGACGAGUCAGUGUGGAGAUGUCAUCCUCGGACGGGGAGCCGCUCAGCCGCAUGGACUCGGAGGACAGCAUCAGCAGCACCCUGAUGGACAUGGAGAGCACAGCGUCGAGCGGCCGCUCCACCCCCGCCAUGAUGAACGGCCAGGGCAGCACCACGCCCUCCUCCACCAAGAGCCUGGGCUACACCUGCUGCUGGGACCAGUGCCACGCCCACUUUGACUCCAGCCCCGACCUGGCCGAGCACAUCCGGGGCCUGCACGUGGACGGCCAGCGCGGAGGGGUGUUUGUGUGCCUCUGGAAGGGCUGUAAGGUGUACAACACUCCCUCCACCAGUCAGAGCUGGCUGCAGAGACACAUGCUGUCACACAGCGGGGACAAACCCUUUAAGUGUGUUGUGGGUGGCUGCAAUGCCACCUUUGCGUCCCAGGGGGGGCUAGCGCGCCACGUGCCCACCCACUUCAGCCAGCAGAACUCCUCCAAGCCGUCCAAUCAGCCCAAAGUGAAGGAGGAGUCUCCCUCUAAGGCUGGCCUCAACAAGAGGAGGAAGCUCAAGAACAAACGCAGGAGGUCUUUACCUCGUCCACACGACUUCUUCGAUGCUCAGACCAUGGAUGCUAUCCGCCACAGAGCCAUCUGCCUGAACCUGGCCACACACAUCGACAGCCAGGGCAACGGUCACAGCGUGGUCUUCCACAGCACCGUAAUAGCAAGGCGAAAGGAGGAUUCUGGGAAAGUGAAAGUCCUCCUGCACUGGACUCCAGAGGACAUAUUGCCAGAUGUGUGGGUGAACGAGACAGACCGGCCGCAGCUGAAGACAAAGGUGGUGCACCUGUCCCAGCUACCACAGGACACUGCUGUGCUUCUCAACCCCAACAUCUACCGGAUGUUUUUUUAGGCCCCCCCUGAAGCGCCCACGUGGAGGACUGCUGUGGUUCCACGCGCGGAGAGACGAGCACCCGGCUGGAACUUUCCGGACCAGAGAGAUGUUCUUUCUGUCUUUUAAAAAAAUCUUGAUUGCACCAAAGUAUGCAGCUGACAUCUUUUUUUCUCAAUGGCUCCU